CUGAGGCAACACGAUCUCGCGGACCAUCGCGAACCCACUCUUUACCAUGCGCAAUGCGCUCUCACCAACAUCUUCACCUCUCCUUCAUUUUCCUAUUUCUGUCUUUACUGGUAAACAAUGCCUGGGCAAUUGGAGUUGAGAUCACAUCUCCUUCGGGAGGAGGAACAUGGCCUGCGGGUCCCAUAACCGUAAAAUGGGUGGAUGGAGGAGGAACGCCUAAUAUGGCUCAACUUACAACAUAUGUUCUGGAGCUUCUUGUGGGAGGAAAUCUUCCAAGCAAUUCCAAAGUCAUCGCGACGCUCGGAGGUGGACACGGCAAGAUACAAGAUGGGAGCGUCGAGGAUCAAAUCGUGGCGGAUGUGGCACAGAGUAUUGAGAACGGAUUCUACUUUCGCAUGACCAGCAACACUUCCAGUGGAAACCAAGUCAUUAAUUACUCGAAUCGCUUUACAUUGAUCAACCUCAAUGGCACGACCGACUCCCGUUAUCUGGAUGGCGCCAAUGCUGUGGCAGGUAUGGACGACGUGCCUUCUUCGCAGUACAACCAGAUUGCACGACCGUCUACUACCAGCGGCUCUCCAUCUUCUGCAUCUCCGACCAGCAUCGCAACUACCACGACCACUGCAACCGCGACAUCGCAGCCAUCAUCGGACGACGACUUGACUACUGGAGUCAAGGUUGGCAUCGGCGUUGGCGCCUGUCUAGCUCUGAUCGGAGUCAUCAGUCUUUUCGGAUGGGCGUACGUAUUCUGGAGACAUAAGAAGAGGAAACAACAACAUCAAGCACAGCACCCUCUGAACUCGGCGCGGGUGUCCAAGUAUAGCGCAGGCGCAUUCCUUGGCAACAAAGUCGAGCUCCCGACAGAGCAUGCCGAAUCGUCGCGAUCACGUCUCGAACUAAGCCCGACCGAUGAGCGCUACGAAGUACAUGGCUCGAACAAACCUGCCGAAGCUGCAAGAGCUAGUAUUUAUGAGCUGGAAGGGGAUUGGUCGGGCUGGGAGGCAGGGAAUGGUAGGAAAAGCAAGGCGUAUGAUCCCACUGCGAUGUAAAUGUAAUAGAGAUAUGAUAGUACUGGAUACAGAUGACAUAAUGAACAGACCUACAUAUUGU